UGUUGCUGUACCGAGUCACGAAUAAGUCGACGCCUAGUGGACUCAACAGCGACUAAACCACAACCAUGUGUGACGACGAAGCCACUGCCUUGGUCUGCGACAACGGCUCGGGGAUGGUCAAGGCUGGCUUCGCCGGCGACGACGCUCCCAGGGCUGUCUUCCCCUCUAUCGUCGGCCGCCCUCGUCACCAGGGUGUGAUGGUCGGCAUGGGUCAGAAGGACGCCUACGUCGGCGACGAGGCCCAGAGCAAGCGAGGAAUCCUGACUCUCAAAUAUCCCAUCGAGCACGGCAUCAUCACCAACUGGGACGACAUGGAGAAGAUCUGGCACCACUCUUUCUACAAUGAGCUCCGCGUCGCCCCUGAGGAGUCCCCAACACUGCUGACUGAGGCUCCUCUAAACCCCAAGGCUAACCGUGAGAAGAUGACCCAGAUCAUGUUCGAAACUUUCAACACCCCCGCCAUGUACGUCGCCAUCCAAGCCGUGCUGUCCCUUUACGCAUCUGGCCGUACCACUGGUAUCGUGUUAGACUCUGGCGACGGUGUAUCACACACCGUUCCCAUCUAUGAAGGCUACGCUCUACCACAUGCCAUCCUUCGUCUUGACCUGGCAGGCCGUGACUUGACUGCUUAUCUCAUGAAGAUCAUGACUGAGCGAGGCUACUCUUUUACCACCACGGCUGAAAGGGAAAUUGUUCGCGAUAUCAAGGAAAAGCUUUGCUAUGUUGCUCUUGACUUCGAGAGUGAGAUGAUGGCCUCUGCUGCUUCUUCAUCUCUGGAGAAGUCUUACGAGCUGCCCGACGGUCAGGUAAUCACAAUCGGCAACGAGCGUUUCCGCUGCCCCGAGUCCCUCUUCCAGCCUUCCUUCCUGGGUAUGGAAUCCGUUGGCAUCCACGAGACCGUCUUCAACUCCAUCAUGAGGUGCGACAUUGAUAUCAGGAAGGACCUGUUCGCCAACAACGUUUUGUCUGGCGGUACAACAAUGUACCCUGGUAUUGCUGACCGCAUGCAGAAAGAAAUUACUAACCUGGCUCCCUCUACAAUCAAGAUUAAAAUCAUUGCUCCUCCCGAACGUAAAUACUCCGUCUGGAUAGGUGGUUCCAUUCUGGCUUCACUGUCCACCUUCCAGUCUAUGUGGAUCACCAAGGAGGAAUAUGAUGAAUCCGGUCCUGGCAUUGUCCACCGAAAAUGCUUCUAGAGCGUAUGUUCUUCACUAAUUCCAAAAAUUUUUGUUUUAAUUUUGGCUUAAAGUGUGAGUCAAUGGUAAAUACCCGUAAUAUAUUUGUAAAAUAAAAA